GUCUUCUUCUCCAAGAGUAAGUGAGUAGCCGUUAGCGGGUCUCAUCUUCAAAUCCAACCCCUUCCUCAUGAAACUCACAAGACCCAUUUCCUGCCACUUCAGCACCUACACAAAGACCCAAAAAUCACAGCGAUUAACCAAUAGCCCAAGCUCCCUCAAACCGAUCAAAGAGCUUCACGCGCGCCUCAUCAGAACCCACCUUUAUACUGACCCGUCUUCAAUCUCUGAGGUUAUCAAGUCCUACGCGCUAUCUCCACCAACUUUAUCCAAGGCGCGCUUCGCUUUCAACCAAAUUCAGCGGCCCACAUUGCUGGUCUGGAACCAUAUGAUCCGUGGUAUGUCACUGAGUGACCAACCUAGUGAAUCAAUUUGUUUCUAUAACCGUAUGUAUCACGGAGGACGAACGGGGGAUAAUUUGACCCUAAUAUUUGUUUUCAAGGCUUGUGCUAGAGUUUCCGACAUUGUUCAGGGCCAGAAGUUUCAUGUUCAUGGUUUGAAACUUGGGUUUGAAUCGUAUGUUUUUGUUUCCAAUGCUUUGAUUCACAUGUACGCUGCUUGUGGUGAUUUGGUUUUUGCAAAGAGGGUGUUCGACAAAAUGAACAAUAGAGAUUUGGUUUCUUGGAACUCUUUGAUAUGUGGGUAUAGUCAGUGCAAUAGGUUUAAGGAGGUUUUCGUUCUUUUUAAAGCAAUGCAAGCCGCAAAUGUGAAGGCUGAUGGGGUCACAAUGAUGAAAGUUAUUUUAGCAUGUAGUUAUUUGGGUGAAUGGGAAACUGCAGACUCUAUGGUUGAGUAUAUUGAGGAGAAUCGUAUUGAGAUCAAUGUUUACUUGGGGAACACUAUGAUAGAUAUGUACGGACGGCGUGGUUUAGUGGAUUUGGCGCAGGUAGUAUUUGAUACGAUGUGGGAAAGGAAUAUAGUUUCAUGGAAUGCCAUGAUAAUGGGGUAUGUGAAAGUGGGGAACUUAGUUACUGCGCAGAAGCUUUUUGAUGAUAUGCCUACAAGGGAUGUGAUCUCUUGGACUUCUAUGAUCACGGGUUAUUCUCAAGCUAACGAGUUUACUGAGGCAGUGAGGCUUUUCAAAGAAAUGAUGGCGGCAAAGGUGAAACCCGAUGAAAUAACAGUAGCUAGUGUGCUUUCUGCUUGUGCCCAUUUAGGGUCACUUGACGUUGGCGAGUCGGUUCAUGACUACAUACGUAAGCAUGGUGUAAAAGCAGAUGUUUAUGUAGGAAACUCUUUGAUAUAUAUGUAUUGCAAAUGUGGGGUGGUAGAGAAGGCACUAGAGGUUUUCCAAGAGAUGAAAACAAAAGACUCUGUUUCAUGGACUUCAGUAAUUUCAGGUCUUGCCGUGAAUGGCUUUGCAGAUUCUGCACUCGAUAUCUUCUCUCAAAUGUUAAGAGAAGGUGUUCAGCCAACUCAUGGAGCCUUCGUUGGGAUUUUACUAGCUUGUGCUCAUGCUGGAUUGGUAGAUAAAGGGUUGGAAUAUUUUGAGAGUAUGGAAAAAGUUCACAGACUCACUCCAGAAAUGAAGCAUUAUGGGUGUGUUGUGGAUCUCUUGAGUCGCUCUGGCAAUCUAGACAGGGCAUAUGAGUUCAUAAAGAAAAUGCCUUUUGUUCCAGAUGUUGUGGUAUGGAGGAUAUUGUUAAGUGCUUGUAAACUUCAUGGAAAUGUGGUCGUAGCUGAGAUUGCUAAAAACAAGCUUCUGAAAUUGGAUCCUUGUAACAGCGGGAAUUAUGUUCUCUCAUCAAAUACUUACGCUGGUUCAGAUAGAUGGGAUGAUGUUCUAAAAAUGAGAGAGUUGAUGGAGGAAAGCAAUGUGCAGAAGCCAUUUGGUUGUAGUUCAAUUGAAGUAAAUGGUACAACAUUGUAUAACUCUCAAGACCCAUAUCUUAUUCAAUCUUAAAUGAGGAAUCCAUUCAGCACGGAAUGUAAAACUAGGUAUCCCAAACAGAACAGUUCAUUUAGUGCAUUGGCAGUUUUAGUAAACUCUGAUGGAGGUGCCCAUCACAGACUGAAAAAUGGGUUGGUGCUACAAUUGGUCAGAGGGCUUUGAUGAUGUCGGGAAGGCCCAAUAGAGUUCCAGUAUUUUGACAAUGAGAGGUGUCAGUGACCAAAUCCUGAUGAAUUAUGCUAGGUUGGUAUAAUUUGGGGACAUGAUUCGACCUUGGUAAGCUAUGGAGAAAAUGAAGUUUUGGAUAACAGGAACUAGACUAGGCACUAGGCAGGACUGUUCAGAUUAGUAAAUGAAAUUAUUCUUGAAAAAGCCUAGCGGUCUUCCCUGAUACGGGAGGCUCCCCAGCUGGAGGGGAGCCACUCCCCUUCUGUCACCUUUCAAAAAUUGUACGCUUUUCUCUCACAGGAUUGAGCAUUUCGAGUUGGAGCCCUUCACGUGAUUCAGGUUCUCCCCAUAUAUGUUGAAAGCAGAGACCACAUUUUCUUUCAGUGUAGUUUUAGUAGGAGGAUUUGGCGUGAGGUGUUGGGUAGAUGCAUGAUGGCUGAUCCUCAUGUGGUUUGGGAAGACUCUCUGGAGUGGGGAAUCAAGGAAUUAAAAGGUAGAAGUCUUGGAGUCAAUUUAUGUAAAUUGGCUUUUGUGGCUGUGGUGUACCAUCUUUGGAAAAAAAGGAAUGACUUGUGGCAUGGGAUGUGGUGAGUUCAGAAAUUCAGAUUUUGAAGAGAAUAGAUUAGGAGCUUUGUACUCUAGUUAUGGGAGCUGGUAGUUUCUGGCGUUAGCAAGGCUAUUUGCUGCAGAUGGGGUUUACAAGAUCGAAUCCUCUGUAAAUAGUCUCUUGUGUCUGUUAUCGCUUUUGGGAAGAAGGUUCUGCAGUGCUGCUUGUUUUGUAAAAGGGAAGUUUUUUCUGCAUUGUUUGCUUGUUUUGUUUGUAAAGGUGGGUCUGGUGUAGUUGGGCUGGUUGUAGCCUGAUUUGUAGAGUUUUAGAGAGUGAGUUUGGGCUGCUGUUUGCAGCUGACUUUCCAGUUUUUCUGGAGCCUGAUUGUAUUCUGAUUUGUUGUUUAGUAAAGCUGUAAAGUGAAGCUUAUUCAUUGAAAAAAAUAAACUCUCCCCAUAUACACUUUC